GCUCGCUCUCGCUCUCCGAUUUCGAAGGCAACAGCAGAGAAGCGACAGACGCAGAGACUCGUCCGAAGGAGUACAGAAGCAGCUACAGACGCAGAGACUCGUCCGAAGGAGUACAGAAGCAUGUGGCGCUGCGUAUCAAGGGGACUUCGCCUCUCCUCUGCGACGGUAAAGAGAACAUCCGUCGCAAACGAACCCUAUCUUUCCAGAUCCCUCUCCACCGAUUCCGCGGUCGGUGGACGAUCAUCGUACACCGUCGUAGAUCAUACAUACGAUGCGGUCGUUGUUGGAGCGGGUGGCGCGGGUCUCAGAGCGGCCAUUGGGCUUUCCGAGCACGGGUUCAAUACUGCUUGCAUUACGAAGCUCUUCCCAACUCGAUCGCAUACAGUUGCUGCGCAGGGAGGUAUAAAUGCAGCCUUAGGAAAUAUGACUGAAGACGAUUGGAGGUGGCAUAUGUAUGACACUGUCAAAGGAAGCGAUUGGUUAGGCGAUCAAGAUGCUAUCCAGUAUAUGUGUAGAGAGGCACCAAAAGCUGUCAUAGAGCUUGAAAAUUAUGGGUUGCCAUUUUCCCGAACUGAAGAAGGGAAAAUAUAUCAGCGUGCAUUUGGUGGUCAAAGCCUGAAUUUCGGAAAAGGUGGGCAGGCCUAUCGCUGUGCAUGUGCUGCCGAUCGAACUGGUCAUGCUUUGUUGCACACGCUUUAUGGCCAGGCAAUGAGACACAAUACACAGUUCUUCGUGGAAUACUUUGCUUUGGAUCUCAUAAUGGACAGUACGGGUACAUGCCAAGGGGUGAUUGCACUUAAUAUGGAGGAUGGGACCCUUCAUCGGUUCCGUGCUGCUUCCACAAUUUUGGCCACAGGGGGUUAUGGUAGAACUUACUUCUCUGCUACCUCAGCUCAUACAUGCACAGGAGAUGGCAAUGCAAUGGUUGCACGUUCUGGGAUACCUCUUCAGGAUCUUGAGUUCGUGCAGUUCCACCCUACUGGUAUAUAUGGUGCUGGGUGCCUCAUUACUGAAGGAUCUCGCGGUGAAGGUGGUAUUCUAAGAAACAGUGAAGGAGAGCGGUUUAUGGAACGGUAUGCUCCUACUGCCAAGGAUCUUGCAUCGAGGGACGUAGUUUCAAGAUCUAUGACCAUGGAAAUUCGAGAAGGUCGUGGUGUAGGACCGCUAAAGGACCACAUAUAUCUCCACCUGAAUCACUUACCCCCAGAUGUUCUCAAGGAGAGACUUCCUGGCAUCUCUGAAACUGCAGCUAUUUUUGCCGGUGUAGACGUUACCAAGGAGCCCAUCCCUGUUUUACCAACAGUUCACUAUAAUAUGGGUGGUAUCCCUACAAAUUACCAUGGAGAGGUUGUUGACAUCAAAGGUGAUGAUCCAGAUGCAGUAGUUCCUGGAUUAAUGGCUGCUGGGGAGGCAGCUUGUGCAUCAGUUCAUGGAGCCAACCGGCUUGGUGCAAAUUCCCUUCUUGACAUUGUUGUUUUUGGCCGAGCAUGUGCAAAUAGGGUCGCAGAGAUCAAUAAGCCAGGAGCAAAACAAAAACCUCUGGAAAGCGAUGCUGGGGAGAAGACCAUUGCAUGGCUGGAUAAGUUAAGGAACUCAAAUGGUUCAUUGCCGACUUCAAAAAUCCGUCUAAAUAUGCAGCGGGUGAUGCAGACUAAUGCUGCAGUAUUUCGCACUCAGGAAACACUGGAAGAAGGCUGCGAGUUAAUUGACAAAGUGUGGCAGAGCUUUCAUGAUGUUCAGCUGCGUGACCGUACACUGAUAUGGAAUUCUGACUUAAUAGAGACUAUAGAACUGGAAAAUCUUUUGAUCAAUGCAUGUAUAACUAUGCACUCCGCAGAGGCUAGGAAGGAGAGCAGAGGUGCACAUGCCCGCGAAGAUUUUACGAAAAGGGACGAUGAGAAUUGGAUGAAGCACACAGUGGGGUACUGGGAAAAUGAGAAAGUGAGGCUUGCAUACAGACCUGUCCACUUGAACACACUGGAUGAUGAAGUUGAGUCAUUCCCGCCUAAAGCGCGAGUUUAUUGAAACCCUUGCUCAUUAAGCAUGGGUGGUAGCUCGGGAGGAUUUCCUGAUUCCAAGAAAGGUUCCAAUAAUGUAAUUACAUUUCAGUCUUUUCCCAGACAUUUUAUCCAACAUCAGAAUGGAGAAGCUGAAAUGUGUGAUUGAGUUAUCUUUUUUAUCUGAAAUAAUAAUUGGAUCCGCAUCUACGCUCUUGAAAAGUUGUUUGUAUCUCUUGUAAACUUGCAACGCAGUUAAUUUUUUCUUUGAAUCA